CGCAAAUUCAACAAGCUAAGUAACCACCAGAACUAGCAUGGCUCUGACGACCGUUCUUGCUGUGAUGGCGCUGUUGAUUGUCACAGUAGCUGCGCCGCCAGCGGCCGCCCAGCUGCUUGGGGGGCUGAUCAGCAACAUCUUGAUCAGCGGCACUGUGCCAUGCACCACCGACACCACUGCUAUCACCCCAACAACAUCAGUUUUUCCAAAUGCCACUGUGUUACUGCAAUGCGGUCAAUCCAUCAUCGCCAGCACGGUCACUAACAGCAAUGGAGCAUUCUCGAUCCUGACGGGCACCAACCCGUUGACGCAGUUGCUGUCCUCGUUGUUGGAAGUUUGCAAGCUCGUCGUCCCGACGCCACUCUCCGCUUGUAGCCCGAUGUUGCCGUCCACCGGGUUCCUUCAAUCGCCCCUGCAACUGCUCUCCAACAACGGAUUACUCGGUGGAAUUCUUGGUGUGAUCACCAAUAUCAUCCCCUCUGGUUUCAAGUUGGUUCAGUAGAUCCAAAAACUAUGUCAAAACUAUAUGCAUGUCGUCGUAGUAUUAUCUGCGUGUCCACAGUGGAAUAAGCCGGAUCUGUAAUAGCGUGCGCAUCUAUAUAUGUUCCAAAGCAUAAUGCUUUACGAAUAUAAAUGAUAAAGUAAUUUGAAGUUUUAAGUAUUA